UUCGGAUAGAAUACUGCCGUUAACUGCGAAGGUUUCGCGUUGGUAUUUAAUAAAGUCGAUGCACCGCAUAUUAAAAUAAAGUUGACUAAUUAGGCCACAUAAAAUACGCAGCUAACACCAUAAAAAAUCUACAUUUAAAAUACAACCCGCGAGUUUUUCGGCAUCCGGCUGACGGCUGUAGAAAACACUUUGUUCGUUCUAAAUUGAGAUGAUAUAGUUGUUAUGAACGACGAAAAAAUGACUUCCCACAAUAUUGAAGCCGAGUAUAUGGACAUUGCGAAUAGAAACGCUUGGCCGAUAAUCUAUCAGAAAAUUGGGCAAGAAUGCCAGUCUUACUCGUACACAUGCCUUGAAGCGAAAAAACCUCAAAAUAAGCCUUUGAACCGGUACCGGGAUGUAAAUCCAUACGACCACAGCAGAGUUGUUUUGAAUCGUUGCGAGCGAGACUAUAUCAAUGCAAAUUUAGUAAAGAUGGAACGUGCAAAUCGCAAGUAUAUACUGACUCAAGGACCGCUGGCCUUCACCGUUGGUCACUUCUGGCUGAUGGUUUGGGAACAGAACAGUCGCGCUAUUCUCAUGCUUAAUAAGAUAAUCGAAAAGGAUGUAAUCAAAUGCCACUGGUACUGGCCUCGCGGUAUCGGCGAAGAAGAGAAAUUUGUCCUCUCCGAUGUCAAACUCACCGUCGAGCAAUUAAGCGAAGAAGAUUGCAAUUACUACACCACCCGUGUUUUUAGAAUCUCCGACAUGGAAAGCUCCGAGAGCCGCGAAGUGAUACAGUUCCACUACACGACGUGGCCGGACUUCGGGGUACCGUCGUCGCCCGUCGCGUUCCUGCAAUUUUUGAAGAAAGUGCGCUCGUCGGGCGCUUUGGAGCCCGACGUGGGGCCGCCCGUGGUCCACUGCAGCGCUGGCAUAGGACGCUCCGGGACUUUCUGUUUGGUCGAUUCUUGUCUCGUUAUCAUCGAAAAAGAAGGAAUGGAAAGUGUAAACAUUCAGCAAGUUCUUUUAGAAAUGCGUAAGGAUCGUAUGGGGUUGAUUCAGACGCCCGAUCAGCUACGCUUUUCGUACCAGGCGAUUAUCGAAGGCGCUAAACGAUUCGAUCCUAAUUAUGAGGACGCGACGAUGGAAGAGAGUGUAUAUUCUACGGUUGCCGAGGAGGCAGAAGAGGAGGCCCCUCCCCCACCGCCCCCGCGUGCCGAAUCUCUAACCAAGGCCCCAGCCAGGCCCCUUCCCGCCAUACCCACCAGUGCUUCUCUUGGCAACUUGAACUACUCGCGCUCGGCGGACAGUUCUUCGGACGAGGGCCCGCCCACGCCGCCUGCGCGCGACCGCCCCUCACCCGCUUCCUCCGCGGACGACGAAGACGACGAGCCCGUCACCAUCGCCGAGAGCGGUGAGGGUGGCGAGACGCUGAGGCGGCGGCGAACCCGCGAGCUGGCCGAGCGCGUGUCGUCCAUGAAGAAGCGCGCUCGCGACACCGAGCGGUGGCACGCGCUCAAGAGGUCUCUAUACAAGCCACUCACCAUCACCUUCGGAUUCAUUCUCGCCGGCAUUGUCAUCUACACAUACGUCAAACAUUAAACGCGAACACUACACUUGUACUACUACACACACCGUCGCGAUACUCUCACACUCUC